GAAAAACAGUUCGUUAUUAGCGUAUAUACAGCGCUGUAAGCUUGGGGUUAAAUUUCGUCCAUCCCCCCACACUCCUUGUGAAUUAAACUUCCAUUAUUUCAAACCAAAUGCAAUUUUCAUAACCAUUUAAACCUUUUAAGAUAUUCAUUCUGUAAUAAAGAGAUUAUGAACACGAUUUUACUUUUUCUAAGCUCUAGAGAUGUCUGUGGGGCAGAAGGUCAGCUGGGAACGGCAGCUGAUGGUGGUGAUAAGAUGUGUCCAAGGCUCUUAUCAAUUGCGACAGCUCCCUGAUUACGCCGUCAGCGAUUCCGGCUGUUUAUGAGGGAGCACUGUCUAUUCAACUUCCUUUUCCAACCUCUCUCUUAAUUCAACAAAUUCACCGCUUCUUCUCCUAUUUAUACGACAUCCCGACGUAUAUUCACAUUCUUUUAUUAUUUCUGAUUUAAAGAGAAAAUACUGUCAAUAAAAGAUGGUGCAGCAUACCUCCGAAUUCCUGCGCCAGCGCAGUUCCAACCUAUCCCUUCGAAGCAUGGCCGCCGCGAACGCGUUAAGCACCUCUCGAUUGUCGAGAUUCGCAAACCCAUCCGACUUCGACGAGACCAAACCUGCGAUGUCUAAUACAGAGAAGGCAUUUAUCGUCGGCGAUUUAGCUUCUUAUGGCAAAUCAUUAAAUCUUUGCAGCCCUUGCUAUUGCGACCUGCCAGAGGGUCUCGUCUUCGUGUCGAAUUUCAAACUUGCUCAAGACCAAAAAGAGUGCCAUUCAUGCCAAGUCAUGCUUUCGAAACCCGAGGUUUUUACCGAGCCGUUCUGCAAGUUCUUGCAGGAGAAUCCUACCGUAUUCCAUUCUGUGGGCUAUUUCAAAGAUAAGGCGACAUCGCUUGGCUACAAGGAGUUACCUGCACGAGACGAUUGGUCGGGAAAGCUCGAGGCUGGUGGUAAAUACUUUGUAACGCGAAAUGGUACCUCGGUCAUUGCUUUUACGGUUGGAAAAGCGUAUAAGCCCGGCAAUGGUGUCGCUAUGGUCGCGGGUCAUAUUGACGCUUUGACUGCGAGACUAAAGCCUGUUAGCAACAAACCGACUAAGGCGGGUUAUCUUCAGCUUGGUGUCGCUCCCUAUGCUGGUGCCUUAAACGAGACAUGGUGGGACCGAGAUCUUAGCAUCGGAGGAAGAGUCAUUGUACGAGAUGAAUCUGGCAAGACAUCAAGCAAGCUCGUCAAGAUUGACUGGCCUAUCGCUCGGAUACCAACGCUCGCACCACAUUUCGGUGUUGGCAUGCUAGGUUCGCAGAACAAGGAGACUGAAGCCGUACCAAUUAUUGGUCUCGACAAUUCUGACAUCUUAUCCCCGAACGCCGAACCAAUCAAGCCCCUCGGUCCACUAGGAUCGUUUACAGCUACUCAACCACCAAAACUGGUCAAUUUAAUUUCGAAGCAAUUGGGUAUUAAGGACCAUUCACAAAUCGUGAAUUGGGAACUAGAACUCUUUGAUUCGCAACCUGCGACAGUAGGUGGUUUGGACAAAGAAUUCAUAUUUGCUGGCCGAAUCGACGAUAAGCUCUGCAGUUGGGCGGCAUUCCAAGGCCUCUUAGCCUCAGAAUCGAACGAUGAUGAUGGUGUUAUUAAAUUAGUUGCACUUUUCGACGACGAAGAGAUUGGUUCUCUCCUACGCCAAGGUGCGAGAGGUAAUUUCCUACCAUCAACCAUUGAGAGGGCAGUCGAAGCACUAUCCGGAGAGAACAAGCCAUUUGGCCCCGGUGUUAUAGGUCAGACCUAUGCGCAAUCCUUCCUUGUAUCGGCCGAUGUCACGCAUGCUGCAAACCCCAAUUUCCUUUCCCGAUAUUUGGAUGGCCACGCGCCCCGACUUAAUGUUGGAAUUUCCAUUGCCGCGGAUAGUAACGGUCACAUGACUACGGAUUCGGUCUCUACGGCUAUUCUCACCAGGGUAUGCGAGUUAAGCGACUGCACACCGCAAAUCUUUCAAAUUCGAAAUGACUCCCGAAGCGGCGGCACAGUCGGUCCCAUGUUGAGUAGUGCCAUGGGUGUGAAGGCCGCCGAUGCGGGAAUGGCCCAACUCAGUAUGCAUUCGAUCCGCGCUACGUGCGGUUCGCUGGACCCUGGGUUAGGUGCCAAAUUCUUCAAGGGUUUCCUUGACAAGUGGGAGAAGGUGGACGCGGAGUGGCAGUGAGGCCAUCAAGCCAUGGCAUUUGUUUUGUCGUCAGUGUAACAAUAUCUCGAAACCCGUCCGGUUGGUCCGAGCGAGUCAGCAAAUGAUUGGAUGCUUGAGUGUCUGACCCGAAACCGGACUGUUGAAAUCCACGCAAAUUUUUCCACCAUGUACAUACAAGUGUAUACCUGCGUACUUACACAUAAUAGAAUACAUCAGCAUACGGAUACAAUUAGACGAGGCGAUAGGUAGAAAUAUAUAUCCAUGACGGAACAUACCCAUUUUAGGGCGAAUAAUCCCACAAUA